AUGAAUCCAAAUCUCCUUGAGAAAGACCUAAGAGGUAAUGAAACCAUCAAUGGGUCUGGAAGAUUCGUAGAUGCAAACAACUUCGGAUCUUCACCAAACUCACACUCCAACUUCUCUCUUUCUCGAAAGCAUCCUCACACCAAAUCAGUCUCAGUCUUGGAGUCGGAAGAUGAACAUGAGAAAGAGAGAGGUGAAAACGAAAAUAGUUUCAAAAGGAAGGGCAAAAACGGAACAAAAACAAAAGUCUGCUCAAGAGGACACUGGAGACCAACAGAAGAUGCUAAACUCAAGGAGCUUGUUGCUCAGUUUGGUCCCCAAAACUGGAACUUGAUUGCUCACCACCUUCUUGGUAGAUCAGGCAAGAGUUGUAGAUUGAGAUGGUUUAACCAACUAGAUCCGAGGAUUAACAAGAGAGCGUUCACUGAGGAAGAAGAGUUUAGGCUUUUAACGGCUCACCGAGCCUAUGGCAACAAGUGGGCUUUGAUCUCACGUCUCUUCCCCGGUCGGACCGAUAACGCCGUCAAGAACCAUUGGCACGUCGUCAUGGCUCGACGGACUAGAGAAAAUCAACGACAACAUCAACAACCUCCCCAGGCACUGUCAGGAAACCCUCAAAUGACGGUUUCGUCCUCGUGUCGCUAUAAUCACGGUGAGUUCUUCGGCGGAGUCGCGAAGGGUACUUCCGUCAACGAAGAUGAUGACGAGGACGAGGGUGACGAUGGUUCAGCUGUCUCUACUUGUACUACGGAGCUCUCUCUCACUCUAUCUCCUACGGCUCACCAGCCUCGCUUGUUGAAUCACGAUAAUACCUUUGCAUCAGGUAAAGAUGGUCAGUGUGCGCAGAGGGCAGAAGUAAAUGGCAAAUAUGGUAAAAAGAUGGACCAUCAAAGUCACCACACAAUUACAGUCAGUGAGAGGAAGGUGGAGAUGAAGAUGCUGAAGAGUGGCUUUUACUUCUUUGAUUUUCUUGGAGUUGGAGCUUCUUGA